AUUCGGGAGGCUGCCGCGCCGCCGGGCCUCGCGGAGCAGCCGGGGACCGCGAGCGCGGCUCCCGCCAUCCUUCGCGUGUGUGGACGCCGCCUCGGCCCAUCAUCGGUCAACUCUCAUCUUUGUUCUUCAUGUACUACAGGCUAUUUUCUGUAGUUAACUCAGAAGCCAUGUAGACUUGCCUGCCCUUUGAAGACAUACUUUUUAAGAUUUCUAGGAAGAUAAGCUGCACUGUUGAGAGUUUUUACAGAAUAUAAUCGUGUGUAUUGUGACAGAGAGAGAAAUGGAAGUGUUCCAGGAACUCCGUAAACCGUCAUCACGUUUGGAGUGUGACCACUGCAGUUUCCGAGGCACGGAUUAUGAAAACGUGCAAAUUCACAUGGGCACCAUCCAUCCAGAAUUUUGUGAUGAAAUGGAUGCUGGUGGGUUAGUUAAAAUGAUAUUUUACCAGAAAAGUGCAAAGCUAUUCCACUGCCAUAAGUGCUUCUUCACCAGCAAGAUGUACUCUAAUGUGUACUAUCACAUCACAUCCAAACAUGCAGGCCCAGAGAAGUGGAAUGAGAAACCAAAAAAUCAGCUAAGCAAAGAAACAGAUCCUGGGAAAAGCCCUCCUCUUCCUGAUCACCAGAAAAUACCCUCUAAUUCAGCAGAACUCCCAAAACCCAUACCUGCCCUUUCUGUAGAAACACAGAAACUAGGCCCAAUUUUGUCUCCAGAAUCACCAAAACCUACACCUCUCACUUCCCUGGAGCCUCAGAAGCCUGGCCCUGUUGUUUCUCCUGAGCCACAGACACCUUCUCUUCCUUCUCCUGAGCCUCCAAAAUCUGCCUCUAUUUCUUCUCCUGAACUUCCAAAACCAGUCCCUAUUGUUUCUGAGUCUCAGAAACCAGUCCCUAUUCCUUCUCCAGAACCACAGAAACUUGCCCCUAUAUCUCCUGAGCCAGUUAAGGCCACUCUUAUUAAUCCUAAACCCCAGAAACACUCCCAUUUCCCAGAAACACUGGGGCCACCUUCAGGCUCAUCUCCAGAGUCACCAGUUUUGGCGGCUUCCCCUGAACCUUGGGGUCCAUCCCCAACUGCAUCUCCAGAGUCUCAGAAACCAGCCCGGACUAUCUCCCCUGAGCCAAGGAAGCCAUCCCCAUCGGAGUCUCCUGAACCUUGGAAGCCAUUCCCUGCUGUCUCCCCAGAGCCCAGAAGACCAGCCCCGGCUGUGUCACCAGGUUCUUGGAAGCCAGGGCCACCUGGGUCCCCAAGGUCUUGGAAAUCCAGUCCUUCGGCGUCAUCGGGACCUUGGAAGCCAGCUAAACCUGCUCCAUCUGUGUCUCCUGGUCCUUGGAAGCCAAUUCCUUCGAUCUCACCUGGGCCAUGGAAACCAACUUCCUCUGUGUCCCCCGCAUCCUGGAAGUCAUCGUCGGUCUCACCUGGUUCCUGGAAGUCUCCCCCUGCGUCUCCUGAGUCGUGGAAGUCUGGCCCACCAGAACUCUGAAAGACAACUGCCACCUUGUCACCUGAACAUUGGAAGACAGUUCCCUCAGUGUCCCCUGAGCUUCGUAAAGCAGGACCUCCUUUGUCUCCUGAGCUUCGCAAACCAGGCCCACCAUUGUCCCCAGAGAUCCACAGUCCAGCGGGAUCUCCAGAGCUCAGAAAACCUUCAGGGUCUCCAGAGCUUUGGAAGCUUUCUCCUGAUCAGCGAAAAACUUCCCCUGCUUCACUUGAUUUUCCCGAGUCCCAGAAAAGUUCCCGUGGUGGUUCCCCUGAUCUCUGGAAGUCUUCCUUUUUUAUUGAAACUCGGAAACCUUCUGGACCAUCUGAGUCCCCUAAGGCAGCCUCCGAUAUCUGGAAGCCUGUUCUCUCUCUUGAUACCGAACCUAGAAAACCUGCCCUGUUUUCUGAGCCCACCAAAACAGCCCCUCCAGCUUCUCCUGAACCACAAAAACGUGCUCUUUUUCCAGAGCCCCAGAAACAUGCCCUUUUCCCUGAACUUCCCAAAUCUGCUAUCUUUUCAGAAUCUCAGAAGGCAGUUGAGCUUGGUGAUGAACUACAGACAGAUGCCAUAGAUGAUCAAAAGUGUGAUAUUUUGGUUCAGGAAGAACUACUAGCUACACCUAAGAAACUCUUAGAAGACACUUUAUUUCCUUCCUCAAAGAAGCUCAAGAAAGACAACCAAGAGAACUCAGAUGCUGAGCUUAGUAGCAGUGAAUAUAUAAAAGCAGAUUUAGAAGACAGCAAGGGCCAAGAAUCAAGCAGUGAUCAAGAGCAGGUUGAUGUAGAAUCUAUUGAUUUUAGUAAAGAGAACAAAGUGGACAUGACUAGUCCAGAGCAGUAAAAUGUGUUACAAUUUACUGAAGAGAAAGAGGCUUUUAUCUCUGAGGAAGAGAUUGUGAAGUAUAUGAAGCGUGGAAAAGGAAAGUAUUAUUGCAAAAUUUGUUGCUGUCGAGCUAUGAAAAAAGGUGCGGUUUUGCAUCAUUUGGUUAAUAAGCAUAAUGUUCAUAGCCCUUACAAAUGUACAAUUUGUGGAAAGGCUUUUCUUUUGGAAUCUCUCCUUAAAAAUCAUGUAGCAGCCCAUGGGCAGAGUUUACUUAAGUGUCCACGUUGUAAUUUUGAAUCAAAUUUCCCAAGAGGCUUUAAGAAACAUUUAACUCACUGUCAAAGCCGACAUAAUGAGGAAGCAAAUAAAAAGCUAAUGGAAGCUCUUGAACAGCCCCUGGAGGAGCAGCACAUUUGAUUUUUACACAUGGUGUGGAUAU